AUCCAGCAACAAUUUUCGGAGAGCAUCCAUAAUUCUUCUACCGUCUUUUUGUAUAAUCAAAUGGCUCGUACCAAGCAGACAGCAAGAAAAUCUACCGGAGGAAAGGCUCCGAGGAAGCAAUUGGCCACCAAAGCGGCAAGGAAGUCGGCUCCGGCCACCGGUGGAGUCAAGAAGCCACACAGAUUCAGGCCUGGAACCGUCGCUUUGAGAGAGAUCAGGAAGUACCAGAAGAGCACUGAGCUUUUGAUCAGGAAACUUCCGUUCCAGAGGCUCGUGAGAGAAAUCGCUCAGGAUUUCAAGACCGAUCUACGAUUCCAGAGCUCCGCCGUGGCUGCUCUCCAGGAGGCUGCCGAAGCUUACCUUGUUGGACUCUUCGAGGACACAAAUCUGUGCGCGAUCCAUGCUAAAAGAGUCACUAUCAUGCCUAAGGAUAUUCAGCUUGCUCGGAGGAUUCGUGGUGAGAGGGCUUUCAUUCUUCGUUCUUCGAUAUUUUUCUUCUCUAAACGCAUUUUCAUCCAAAUGGCUCGUACUAAGCAAACCGCCAGGAAAUCCACCGGAGGAAAGGCUCCUAGGAAGCAACUUGCCACCAAGGCCGCCAGGAAGUCUGCUCCGGCUACUGGAGGUGUGAAGAAGCCCCACAGAUUCAGGCCUGGAACCGUCGCCUUGAGAGAAAUCAGGAAGUACCAGAAGAGUACCGAGCUUCUUAUCAGGAAGCUGCCGUUUCAGAGGUUAGUGAGGGAAAUCGCACAGGAUUUCAAAACUGAUCUGCGUUUCCAAAGCUCGGCUGUCGCUGCUCUCCAGGAGGCUUCUGAGGCCUAUUUGGUUGGACUCUUUGAGGACACCAAUCUCUGUGCAAUUCAUGCCAAGAGGGUCACUAUCAUGCCAAAGGACAUGCAACUCGCUCGCAGAAUCCGUGGUGAGAGAGCUUAGAGAUAGGGUUUCAGUUCGUUUCCCCAUGGAUAGUUCACCUCUUGUGAAAAUCGUGGUAGAUCUGGCUUGUUUUCUAGUUUUAUGUUUCCUGAUUUCAAUGUGUAGUAACAUAUGUUUGGUAAAUCGAUGUUAUCAAUGGAUUUCAAAUGAUUAUUAACAUUCCAGUUCUUCUC